GGGGAGGGUCAGGACGGGGAGAGACGCGGAGGGAAGACGGGCAGCGCGCGACCACCGGAGGGUUCAGGCCCGGGGCUGCAUGGCGAAACGGGGAGAAGGAGGAUUUGAUGGUCAGAAGGUGGAUCAGUUUCAUCGCCACAAAAGUCCCUCAGCAUUUUAAUGUCUUUUAUUUCAUUUGCGUUGAUUUCAAAUGCAUCGAUCAGGCCUGUAGUGUGUUUUUGUUUCAUCAUGCCUCUUGAUCUGGACUGUGACGCAGCGGAGAACAAAACGAGUCCAGAGGCUAAACAAAAAGUGUGUGAGGUCACACAUGAAGAGAGAGUGACGGACACACCAACACGAAGAGUCGGACGACCCGCUCGAAAACGUAAAGCACCAGGAGUGGAUAGUUGUGGGCGUGUGAUUGAGGGCGUGGCCUGUAUUAAGCAGGCGGGGUUUAACGGUGAAGCAGAGAAUCGUGUUUCAAAGAAAAACCUUGAACAGAGCGACUCCUCCCCUGACUCCACCCACCAAAACGGCACAGACACGCCUUCUGGAGCAGACGGAGACUCUGCCCCUUCCACUCCACGGAAGAAACGAGGGAGACGGAAACUCCAGCACCCGGAGCGCCACAUUGAAGAGGACGAUACCAGCAGCGACACCAGCAGAGGAGAGAGCGACGGGGGUCGUCUGAGGGGCCGGCAGGGCUGGGACAUUAGUUUGAGGAGACGUCCCGUACAAAGAGAAACCUUCCAAGCCGGAGACCCCUAUCACAUCAGCCGCCGAGAGAAAGAGGAGUUGCUCGCCCGCUGGAGGAAGGAGAAGGUCAGAGAGACACCAGAAGUACAGUACCUUUUAUUUACAAUCUAUUAAAAUCUUAUAAAAUGU